UUGAAUGGGGGCUGGGUAAGUAGAGCAAAUGCUUUGCUGGUGCCUGGCUGUCCGACUGCGAACUCGACCAGACCAGUAUACAGGCACUUAUUACUUUGUUCCCUCAAUCGACCUCUCGACGCUUUAUUUGAAAAAUGAAAGAAAGAGACCAGACCGGUAUACGGCACUUAUUACACUCUACCCACUUUCGAUAUAUUCUUCCAGAGCCCAUAAUAUAUAGAAGCAACUUGCGAGAAAAGUGCACCGCAAAUGUCAUGCAGGGCAAUCAGCUAGGCUUGUAGAAGUAUUGAAAUUUUCUUGUUUGUAGCCAUGAGUUGUUGUUGGUGGUGGUGGAAGACGAAGCCUGAUGGCACUGACACUGCGCAAAAUCUAUCAACAGAUCCUUUUGUUGAAGCUCCAGAUUUCCGAUCGUCGACUUCUCAAGAGCCAACGCCAAAGUUGGAAGAGGUUUUGAGAAGCUUCCAGGACGUGGACGUUGCAACCCAGGCCGAUGUUUUCAUCCUGGCCAUUAAACGAUAUCUGGAAGAAGCGGCCGCUCAAAAGAAUGCACAGGAUACGCCUACCGGAAGUUUUUCUAAUAAGGACAAGUGGCCAAACUGGGAUUCCUUUAUUCAGAGCGGAUCCAAAUUUCUAAAAUUUGUUAGCGAUGGUACCGAAAAAAUUGACAGUAAUUUUAAGGGUGACUUUUUCCAGUCAGGAGAAGCAACAAAAAUUAUAGGAGAUGCGCUUCAGCAAAUUGGGCACCUGCAUUGGGCAGUUGCAGGGCUCUCUAUUGUGGGAUAUCUGGUAUCCAGAUCUCAUCAAGUGUCUCAGAACCGGACUGAAUAUGUAGAGCUCUUGAAAGAAAUGUGUAUACUUGUAUAUCAUAUUAAGAGGUUAUACAAAUUUAUUGAGGAGAAAUAAUUAAUAAAAGAGAAAUUGAAAAAAGCAACGGAAUGUAUUGUUCAAGGGUCAAUAUUUUGUGCUUCCCAGUUAGAUUCGGGAAAACAUGUCACGUCGCAUCUUGAAAUCAUCAAUAAACUCUAGCGUUGUGAGUGAGAUUCACUCUAAAAUAAGCAACCUUCAUCAGGAGCUGCAAACGAAUACUGUAACAGAAAUGUUGGCGAAGCAGUCAGCUGUUCUUCCUCUAUCAGAUCCACACUUUCCAAAGGAGGCAGUUGGAAUCGAAGAACAAUUAGAAGCAGUAAAUACGUUGCUCAACAUGGAAGAAACUGAAGAUUGCUCAUCUAGUGCCGUUGCUAUUUGGGGUUUUGGCGGCAUUGGAAAGACAACUCUUGCCCAAGCUGUCGUUUCCACAGUAGGUAGAGAGCGUUACAACUAUGCUAGAAUUGCACUGGAUGAGAAUCCUGAAAAAAAUAACUAUAAAGCAAUGCAAGAGACAAUUUUGAGAAAUGCCUUUCCAACCUAUAGGGGUGGAAAGUGAAUAGAGCUGGAAGAUGAUGAGGAUGGUAAAGAUAAGUUAACAGAGGCUUUUCAAAGUGCAGGAUAUAAGCCUGUUUUUCUGUUUAUUGAUAAUGUUCUACUCGCACAAGAUCUGAGGAAAAUUCUGCCCGAAGACUUGGAAGGCCUUCCCCAGCGUUGCAGAAUACUUAUUACAGCCAGAAACAAGGGCGUCACAGAUGUGCUAAGGGGACGUGGCCUUGAGUGCAAGUACUAUCCUGUCGAGCCUCUCCUUGACAAUCAUGCAAUGGAAAUUAUGUGCGAGAACCCUGAAAUUCGUGAUCUCAUCAAGGAUGAUCUAGACAGGGUUGUCAAGGUCUGCGGAGGAAUUCCGUUGGUUCUAAAAAUAGUUGGUGCUCAUUUGCGCAAGCAGGAAUACAAGUCUGACCAUUGUACACAGAUACUGGAAGCUUUACAGAAAGGAGGGAGGAUCAAAGAAGAUGACCUCAGCAACCGUUUGUUUCACUUUGUGUAUGACAAAUUGGAGGUGUCCACACAAGAAGCAUUUUUAGAUAUCUGUUGCUCCUUUCACAACAGUCGGGCUGCUUCGACUGUAGAAUUUAUUGUGGGAGCUGAUCAACUGACGGUUCUUCAAGAGGUAGCAUUUUUAGAUAUCGACAAGGAGAACGAUAGCUUAUUUGUUCACGAUAUUAUUGGAUCAAUAGGACGGACUUUGCCAAAUUCGAGGAGAAUUUUUGAUAUAAACUCCUGGUGUGAAGCUGAAAAAGAUGAGACCAAACUCAAAGGAAUCAACGGAGUUCUGCUUCCACGUAAUGAUUGCACGCUAGAAAAAAGACAUCUUAAUUUGAUGAAGAACUCAUUAAGAAUUCUGAAAUGGGAAGGCAGAAUAGAUGUUGGCGAGACAGAGGCAGUGACAUUACCAGAGUUAAGAUAUAUUUAUGCACCCGGUGAUAUUUCUUGGGUGAAUGUAGAAGCACUUCAUAAGUUGGCUGUGUUGAAGUUGGAGAAGCUUCCCACUAAGCUCACAGGUCCUCUGAAGGCAAGUCCUAAAUUUCAAUAGUACGCAUACCUUCAUUUCAUUGUUAUGGCUUUUAACUCUUUAUUAUUGGUUUUUAAAGCUGCAAUGGGUUUCAUAUUUUAUUAAAGUUCUGACAAAGAAAUAGUAGCUGUGUCUGCUGUUACCAGAAAGCUUAAGGAAAAUAACACUCACGAACCAGCCAGAUGACAUGGGGAACUUAUUAAAGACACUGCUAAAUUCGUCCUUGCGGAUUUUAAUUCUAUAUUUUUCAGAACCAAGCGAACACUCUAAUCAAAGAUAAGAUACCAAUGAAAAGGCAGAUAAUUAUGAACGGGGAAAUAACAGCAAAAUUCCAUUUAAUAGCUUUCUUCAGGGUUUAACUAAGUUACGGACUCUUCGAGUGUCUAAUUACAAGUCUUUCUACGAGUUUCCUGAGGAAGUGUGUAGAUUACAGUAGUUGAGUAGACUCACAAUGGAAGAUUGUAGUAACAUGGAGCGUCUACCAGAAUCGAUUUGCCAACUUGCAACACUAGCACUUUUGGACUUGAUUGGGUGUUCAAAGUUGUCAGAAUUACCUGUUACCUUUACUCAGCUUACAGCCUUAACAUCUCUAGAUUUGUCUGAUUGUGAAAAUUUAGAGGAAUUGCCUUCUACUUUUGGCAAAUUUACAGCCCUAACCUUUUUAAACCUGUCUAAUUGUGAAAAUUUGAAAGAGUUGCCUUCUACUUUGGCCAACUUAUAACUAAAAAAGAAUUGGACUUGUCUAAUUGUGAAAGCUUAAAUGAAUUACCUUUUAGCUUUGGUCAACUUACAGCCCUAACAAGUUUAGCCCUGUCCUAUUGUAUAAGUUUGAAAGAAUUGCCUUCUACUUUUGGCCAGCUUAUAGCUCUAACAAGUCUAGACAUGUCCAAUUGUGAAAGCUUAAAAGAAUUUCCUUCUACGUUGGCCAACUUAUAACUCUAAAAGAGUUCGACUUGUCUAAUUGUGAAAGCUUAAAUGAAUUGCCUUUUAGCUUUGGUCAACUUACAGCCCUAACAAGUCUAGCCCUGUCCUGUUGUAUAAGUUUGAAAGAAUUGCCUUCUACUUUUGGUGAGCUUAUAGCUCUAACAAGUCUAGACAUGUCCAAUUGUGAAAGCUUAAAAGAAUUGCCUUCUAUGUUUGGCCAACUUAUAGCCCUAACAAGUCUAGACUUGUCUAAUUGUGAAGUCCUAAAAGAAUUGCCUUCUACCUUUGGCCAACUUAAGGCUCUAAUAGAGUUCAACUUGUUCAGCUGUAAAAGUUGAAGGAAUUGCCUACUGGCUUUGAACAACUUAGAUCUUUGAAAUAUAUAAAUCUAGAAUGUUGUGAUAACUUAGAGUCUGACAUUUGUCAGAUUAAUGCUAGCAUGAAAAUUGUAAGGAAAAGUGAACAUCUCUGUAUUGACUGUCAGAAGGACAAAAGUUUAAAAAUUGAUAGAGGCUAAUGAUUGAAAGCACAAUAUUGAAGGCAAGAUUCAAGGGGUUUACUUUCUAUGUGGUGCAGGAGCACCUAGGCCAUCUUGGAACUCCAUGAGAUCAAGUAGAGGAAUUUUGCUAUGAUGGAAUAUUGAUGUGGUCAUAAGGUCUUAGGAGGUCAUUUAGGUUUGAUAAAGUCUAUAUUGUAACAAUCUUGCAAAAUGUUGUCAAAUAAUGAAAUUGUAGCCCAUGGUGCCAAAUUAUGGUUUUGUAAUGGUUAUGCAAGGUUGAUGUUGAAAAAGGUUGUAAUAAGGUCCAAGAGGCAAUUUCAAACAUGUUUUAGGUGUUGAAAUGUGGCGACUGAUCAGCAAAGUACUAUACACUCAGCACGUUUUUGUUGGUGAAAACCGACAUUGUAAUAAAACCCUAACUUUGUUUGUUGCCCUAAAAAUGCAUGUUAUA